AUGGAAUCAAACCCAGCAGAUCAAAAACUUGACCUUGAGCGCGUGAGAGUGGCGGAAGAGCUGAAACCGUUCGAAGACAAGCUGUUCAGCAUUUUGCAUGACCUACUUCAACCAGGUCCGAUUAUUAAUGCUGCUGAAGCAGCCACAAAGAUUAACGAUCUUUUCCCUUCAAGUGAAGAUGAUACCGAGACUCCAGUUGAUGAGAAUGAUUCCGCAAAAGACCCGGAUGCCUUCUUGUGGUCUUUGUGGGGUCUGAUCAUCCAGGUUAUGAGAUUGGUUCCUCCUCAGCAUCCGGGUCAAACACGUAUGAUGUCUUUCAUGCAGUCUUUGGGAAAGCUACCAUCGAGAACACUGGAUAUUUGGGGUAGUGACCAGAAGCUUUGGUCAGAUUUCCCCAUUCUCCGACCUUGUUUGAGGGACCAUCUGGAGUAUAUUGGGGAACCUGAUCCUGAUGGCAUCUCAGAGUGGAUCAACCAAAACUCCUUCAUGGCCCGGAUUGUGGGAAAAGAACUCCUCAGCUGGGAUACAUUGAUCAUCUGGAUGUUGAGAGAUGCACUGGAAGACGACCUUCCGCAGGAGCAAAUCGUUAGAGAUUGUUACAUCUCCGUUGUAAGUGAGUGGAUCACACAUGCUGGGCAGACCAUCUAUAGGCAACUCAGCGACAAAGAGUUGAGCGAGCAGCAGAAGCGCGUGACAAGAGGCGGCAAAUUGUACCAUGGGAAGCUCGGUGUAUGCGCUGAGAGAUGGGGUUUCUGGAAACAGCGAGUGGGCGAGAUCAGCAAGGACGUGUCGAAAGAGCUACAACCUGUUGCCUUGGCUGUGGCAGACAGGAUGGAUGACAUUGAAGAGCUGGCUCGGAUUGAAAAGGAGAUGCGUGAAUGA